UCGCAGAAAUCUAGACAAUGGCUGUCUUCCUUCCAAGAGGCUCUCGUGCUGGCUCGCUCUCUUGAGCUUGAACACCACGGAAGGAUAGAAAUUGGAAGGGCUGAUGGAGUUGGAGGUCAGGGUGGUUGGGGGAAUCGAGAGCUGCUUCGUUUCGCUCCCUAUUUCUCUUAUUGAGACCCUACAGUCUACGAGCGGUGGAUUCCUUCCUCCGGUUCUUGCUCUAGAGCUCCGAUCAUAUUCCGGCGACUUCUGGCGCGUCGCCUGGUCGGGAUCCGCCUCAAAGUCCUCCAAAAUUGAGAUUGGCCAGCAAGUUGCUGAAUGUAUUUCUUUAUUAAAUGGAACUAAAGUGCGAGUGAAAGCAAUUGGUAAUCUUCCCAAAGCUUCCCUGGUUAACAUAGAACCUAAUAGUGAGGAUGACUGGGAAAUCUUGGAGUUGAACUCAGAGGCUGCUGAGGAGGUUAUAUUGAAGCAGGUAGGGAUUGUAUUUGAAGGGAUGAAGUUCCCUUUGUGGUUGCAUGGGCACAUGGUUGUUGAGUUUACUGUUGUUUCAGUUUCUCCUAACAAACCGGUAGUUCAACUCGUGCCAGGUACUGAGGUUGCCGUCAGACCAAAAAGUCGGAAGAAUAGAGUUGGUGCUUGUACAGAGGGACAAAGUUACAGUUCAGAACAAAAGGAGACAAAGGCCAUUUUGCGUGUUCAAGCUUCAAAGGGGAAGCAUGUGCAUAAAUUAGUGUUUGGAGAUGUUGAGUUGGGCGUGGUGCUCACUUCUGCUGUUUUCAUACACCCAGAGACAGCUGGAAAGCUAUCAUUUGAUAAUCUUCAGUUGGUUGUUAUCGAGCCUAGAUUGUCACAUCGUAAGACUAUUAAAAGUUUAAAAGAUGCCACACAGGGAAAAGUAAACAAUUCUGCCAAUAGUGACGGGAAUAGUGGGGGUUCAUCAAUUAAUAUAAGAAGAGCCCGACAGACAAUUCUUCGAAUUUUGUAUUCUGAUACAGUGGUCAUAGGGCAUGUGAUGCUUCCAAAGGCUGUCCGUCUUUUCCUAAGAGCUGGUGCACAUUCAUGGGUGUGCAUAAAGAAAUAUUCUAAUAAUCCAUUGAAGGAUGUCUCUUUGUUGACCCUUUCACCUUGCCGGUUCAAGCAAUCUGAAAAGAAUGACAGCAUUGAUAAGGAUGAGUUAAACACACUCGUGAGUAGCCAAAAUGUUGACAGAAAUAGCACAUCUACUGGGCCAUAUUCCUUGACGAAUAUGAAGGUUGCUGAUUGGGGACAACAUGAAAAUUUUCUUGAAUCUCUAUUUGACAAAGUUUGUGUGAAUGGAGAUAAAAGAAGUGUCUCAAGUCUGGAUAACAAAUGGGAUCAGAAGUUUCUUAUUCAGUCAUGGUUUAUUGGACAGCUAAAAGAACUUGCAUUACAUACUAGCCAAAUGGAGCUUACGUCAAUUAUUUUGCCAAAAGAAACCAUAAUUCAUUUUGAAAUCUCAAAUCAGGACUUGGGAUCCAAAUUAACGAAAAGGUUGUUUUCUGAGGAACACUUGGAAAAGCAAAGUGAUCAGUGUACAUUUGAGCUUCUGUACGUUUUAGCUGCAACAUUUGGUGAAUCCUGUCAUGAUGAACUGAAACAGAGUUAUGAGCUUGCUUUGAAUCCUGGAAACAAAGAUGUUCGUGGCAUAAAUGAUCUGGAACUAAUAUCUGAAAAGCUCAAGUUUGGAGAUCCUCUUCAUCUUGAUUCUGUUGUGGAAGGUGGAUUUGGCAGAAAGUUGAAUUUAACCUUGUCUUUUUUGAGUUGGUUGGAGAAAGCUGCAACUGACGCCAUUAAUAGAUUGUUAGUUCUAUUGUCUCCGUCUUCUCUAAAAUUAAUGAACAAUUUUAAUAUACCCCUCCCAGGGCAUGUGCUUAUUUAUGGACCUCCAGGUUCUGGAAAAUCUACAUUAAUUAUGGCUAUUGCUAAACAUCUGGAAGAGCAUGAAGAAAUCUUAGCCCAUGUAAUAUUUAUUAGCUGCUCAAAACUUGCUCUUGAGAAGGGUCAGACAAUUCGUCAAGCAAUUGCAGAUUAUGUUUCUGAAGCUCUACUUCAUUCUCCCGCCAUUGUUGUUUUUGAUGAUAUCGAUUAUAUUAUUACAUUAUCACCUGAUUCUGAGGGAUCACAGACUCUCAAUUCUGUCACUUCUUUGACAAAUUUUUUGAUAGAUAUUAUGGAUGAGUACAGGGAAAAUUGUCAGAACUUCUGUGGUUAUGGCUGCAUCGCUUUUGUGGCUUCUGCUCAGUCUCUUGGAAAACUGCCUCACUCAUUAACAUCUUCAGGUAGGUUUGAUUUCCAUGUAGAACUGCCUGCUCCUGCUGUAUCAGAAAGAGGAGCUAUACUGAAGCAUGAAAUCCUGAAACGUGGUUUACAUUGUUCGGAGGAUAUUAUUUCUGAGGUUUCUUCCAAAUGUGAUGGUUUUGAUGCAUAUGACUUGGAAAUUUUGGUCGACCGUGCAGUGCAUGCUGCUAUUAGUCAUUCUUUAACUUUCCAUGAUAAGGAACCUGAGAAGCCUUCUUUGGUAAAGAAUGAUUUUUCACAAGCAAUGCAUGGCUUUGUUCCAGUUGCCAUGCGUGGGCUAACAAGAGCUGGUUUUGAUGGUGGUCGCAAUGGGUGGGAUGAUAUUGGUGGACUUAGCCAUGUCCGAAAUGCCAUUCAAGAGAUUGUUGAAUUGCCUUCCAAGUUCCCAAGUAUCUUUGCUCAUUCACCUUUGAGGAUGAGAUCAAAUGUGCUAUUGUAUGGGCCUCCUGGUUGUGGAAAAACACACAUUAUAGGUGCUGCGGCAGUUGCUUGCUCUCUUAGAUUUAUCUCUAUUAAGGGGCCUGAGCUACUCAACAAAUACAUUGGUGCUUCGGAGCAAGCGGUUCGUGAUUUGUUCUCAAAAGCGGCUGCUGCAGCACCUUGCCUUCUUUUUUUUGAUGAGUUUGACUCUAUUGCACCAAAGAGGGGCCAUGACAACACAGGGGUUACUGAUCGUGUUGUUAAUCAGCUGCUGACCGAGUUAGAUGGAGUGGAAGCAUUAACGGGAGUUUUUGUUUUUGCUGCUACUAGUCGACCAGACUUGCUUGAUGCUGCACUUUUACGUCCCGGAAGACUUGAUCGUCUUCUUUUUUGUGAUUUUCCAUCAUGGUCGGAGCGCUUGGACAUUCUCAGAGUACUUUCAAGGAAGCUUCCUUUGUCUGCUGAUGUCAAUUUGGAAGUUAUAGCAUCUAUGACUGAAGGGUUUAGCGGGGCUGAUCUCCAAGCUCUUCUGUCAGACGCUCAACUUGCUUCAGUUCACGAGCUUUUGGACAGGGAAGCGAGUGGUAAACGGGAAAAAAAUCCUAUUAUUGAUGAUGAGCUUCUGAAAUCUGUUGCUUCAAAGGCAAGACCUUCAGUUUCAGAAGCUGAGAAGAGGAGACUGUUUGGGAUUUAUAGCCAAUUCCUGGACUCAAAGAAGUCUGUGGCUGCUCAGUCCAGGGACGCCAAAGGUAAAAGAGCAACCCUUGCAUAAUUUUGUACAUUGGAGCGAACACUAGGGACAACUGCCGGUAUGCGAUUCCCUCAAAUUUGAUAAAUCCUUUCAUUCUUAUGUUGUAUAUGUUCAGUUGAGUGUUGGCUUAGUGGGUAAAGAAAACCAAACGCUACUGUGUUUCGCUGUUUUACUUCGGGAAUAAGUGGGUGCAAACUGAAGUUUUGUUC